CAUUGAUGCCUUUAUUCCCAUUGUUUCGUUCCAUUUUGUAAAAAGUUUUGAUGUUUUCGCAAACAUGAGUAACGACUUAACGGCUCGCGAGGAUCUUUGGCAGUGGACCGGAAGAAGAGCCCGGUCGUUGUUAGGGUCUUCCGGUUUCCUUCACUGGGUGAAAGGUGGACGACAACUCAAGUGCCUUUUUCCCCCCCUCUUCCAUUUGUUUUGCUUAAUUGUUGCCGCGGUUGUUUUCUUCGGAGUGGUCAUGCUUCCAAACAGCGGGAAGUUGGCAGGCCGCACCCUGUUCAUCACGGGCGCCAGCCGCGGCAUCGGCAAGUCCAUCGCCCUCAAAGCUGCCAGAGAUGGCGCCAACGUGGUCAUCGCCGCCAAGACGGCGCAAGCUCAUCCGAAGCUCCCUGGCACUAUCUACACCGCCGCGCAGGAGGUGGAGGAUGCGGGCGGCAAAGCGCUGCCAUGCGUGGUGGACAUCCGAGACGAGAAACAAGUUGAAGACGCCGUUCAGAAAGCCAUCGCCACAUUUGGAGGCAUCGACAUCUUGGUGAACAACGCCAGCGCCAUCAACCUGACGGGAACUUUGGAAACGCCCAUGAAGAAGGUGGACCUCAUGCUGGGAAUCAACCUGAGAGGAACAUACAUGACGUCCAAGAUGGUCAUUCCUCACUUGCUCAAGAGUUCGUCCGCCCACAUCCUUAACUUGUCGCCGCCUCUCAACCUUAAUCCCAUCUGGUUCAAGAACCACACAGCGUACACGAUGGCCAAGUACGGCAUGUCCAUGUGCGUCCUGGGGAUGGCGGAAGAGUUCAGAGGUCAGAUCGCCGUCAACGCCCUCUGGCCACGAACCGCGAUCCAGACGGCAGCCAUGGAUAUGUUGGGCGGCGCGGGCGUGGCCAAACAGUGUCGUACGGUGGAUAUUAUGGCGGACGCCGCCUACGCCAUCCUGACACGGCCCAAAACCUUCACGGGCCACUUUGUGGUGGACGAGGACAUUCUGAGAGAGGAGGGGGUGCAAGACAUGGAUCAGUACGCUGUCCAGCCAGGUCUCUCACACACACACACACACACACAUAGAUUGGCAUCCUGCAGUCUCAUGCUGCUCUCUGAUUGGUCCGCAGGUCACCCGCUUCUGCCCGACUUCUUCCUGGACGAUGCCCCCGAGGUGCUGGCCCAGCAGAUGGAACAACACGGGGCGACGCCCGCCUUCAAGUCGCCAUCCUCGUCGGCCACGCCUUCUCCUGGCGGCCCCAUCGAAAGCACAUUUGAAGUGAUCAGAGGCGUCCUCACUGAGGAUCUGGUCAACUCCACCAAGGCGCUCUACCAGUUUGACCUCUCGGGAGAACAUGCGGGUGUUUGGUUCCUGGACUUGAAGAGCGGCGCGGGCAGUACAGGGCGCGGCCAGCCGCACGCCAAGCCCGAUGUCGUCAUGACCAUGGACUCGGCCGACUUUAGCAAAAUGUUUACAGGGAAGCUGAAGCCGACCAUGGCGUUCAUGUCCGGGAAACUUCGCAUCAAAGGCGACAUGGCACUCGCCCUGAAGCUGGAGAAGAUGAUGGGCCGCAUGUCGAAGCUGUGAUGUCAUCAGGUAAAGAUGAUGUCAUCACGUGAAUAAAAGUCAACACAAGAAGUAA